AUGUGUUGGUUAAAGAAGUAAGGCGAGAUAAAAGAGAGGCUUUCGCGCGAUCUUUGCUGUGUGUUUCUGUUCUGAAGAAGAAGAAAUCCGAGAAGGAAGUGAAACAUGGCAGCAUGGCGGCUCUCUGCACUGUGGUUACUACUCUCUGCUUUGGCGUCUUCGUGUGUCCUCACCGUCAACCCUUCCCAGAUUGAUCCCCUGGUGUUUGAGGAGCAGCUCCUGUGGGUGAGUGGGUCCCAGGGCCAGGUGAAUACCUACAGGAUCCCGCUGCUCACCUUCACCCCCAAAGGAAGCCUGCUGGCGUUUUCAGAAGCCAGGAAGACUUCUUCUGCUGACCGUGGAGCGAAGUUCAUUGCAAUGCGGCGCUCCACAGACAAAGGAGCCACCUGGUCCCCGACCAGCUUCAUCGUCGAUGACGGGAUGAAGCCGGACGGCCUGAACUUAGGCUCCGUUGUGGUGGACGAGGAAGUGGGCUCAGUGAUUCUGAUCUACGACGUGUGCUUCUACCUCGACCACUGCAGCCCACCCAGCAUCAUGAUGGUGGAGAGCUGGGACGACGGCCUCAGCUGGACCCCGCCCAGAAACCUCUCAGUUACGCUCGGGGUGAAGAACUUCAUUCCCGGGCCGGGCCUCGGCCUCCAGAAACGCUUCAAUCCUGCAAAGGGGAGGUUGGUGGUUUGCGGUCACGGGACGCUGAACGGCGACGGUGUUUUCUGCAUCCUGAGUGACGACCACGGGGAAACCUGGUACAACGGUGCGGCGCUGAAAAGUAUCCCCUACAACCACAAGAAGAAACCACAAGACUUUAACCCUGAUGAGUGCCAGCCCAUUGAGUUGACUGACGGCACCAUCGCCAUCAACGUGCGGAACCAGAACAGAUACCACUGUCAGUGUCGCAUUGUGGUGCACAGCUAUGAUGGAGGGUUGACCCUGCCCUUGGAGGGCCUGAUCUUUGACGAGGCACUGGUGGAUCCUGUAGUGGCAGCUGGAACUCUGCAAAAAGAGGGCGUGAUCUACUUCACCAACCCCUGCAACGAGGAAAAGAGAGUGAACCUAACCUUGAAAUGGUCGCUGACAAACGGCAAAUCUUGGGAGAAGGAAGCCAUGCAGAUAUGGGCGGGACCGAGCGGCUAUUCCUGCAUCACUUCACUGGACAGCGGUUCUGCAGAGGACCGCAAGUACAUCUUUGUCAUCUACGAGAAAGGCCACAAUCAGUAUUUCGAGACUGUCUCGUUCGCCAAGAUCCACCUGUAUAGUGGCCAUUAAAGCAGACGAGAAGAUUGAAACACUGCAAGAAAACUAAGAGGGUUUUUUAAUCCAUCGAAUUUCUCAGGAACGCAAAGAGACUUUAAAAACGAAUUUUAUGAUGUCAAAAAAAUGGAGAGACAAGGAUCUGCACAAUGAAUGUCACGCUAUUUUUGAUUAAAAAUCUUUUUUUAAAAUUUUUUUUCUAUCCUUUACAUUUUCCAAAGCUGAUGUAUGUCACAGCUCUUAUGUGUGUUUUGGUAAAUAGCUGCAGAGCCACAAUAUUCUGACAGACUCCUGACCUCACACAGGAAUGAUGAAGCAAGAGAUGCUGAAAAAACUACCACCCUUUCUUUUCUGAGCUACCUUUCUGAUAUAUCAUUGAAAUGACGGUAAAACUGACACAGUCAUAGACAUCUGGCUUUAACCAGGCCACGACGCAUGCACAGUGUUGCCAAAAUCUAGAGCUGCAUAGAGACGAAGUGAAAAUGCAGUUAAAAGUCCACAAUUUAUGCGCACCUUCACAUUUUUCAAAGCUGCGGGCCAAAUGGAGUCUGUGCCAGUCUGAUUCUAGCCCCCGGACCUUAUCUUUGACACCCCUGGUGUAGUCACAUAAGUGAACUUCUUAAAUAUACAAGAUGCCUCAAAUUCUGAAAUCAGUUCUCCUCUUAGAAAACUGAUGUAAAAUAUUAAAUUCAGGUACUUGUGUGAUCGAAUGUGUGAAAAAAACAAGGUGCUUAAUGUAACCAAAGGAAUUAUAUUUAGAUUUUUAUAGAAAAUGCUGCAUUUUUUUUUUUACCUGUGGGUUUUAAAUGUCCAGCUGAGUCCAUUAGAUCUGCUGUAAUAAUAAUAAUAGUUUCCUUGUGUACUGUAAUUGCAUUAAGCAACACUUUUCUGGUCUUACUGACCACUCUGAGCACUUUAAAAUACAAGUCGGGUACAUUAAAUGUGCGGUAGCUGAUUUUCUUCCUUGUAAUGAAAUUGUUCUUGUUUCUGUUUCUAUGAUGGAAAAUGUCACUUUAUGUUUUUCUUUGAGUGCCUGUUUGAUAUAAAUAUGGCUCUAAUGUAGGAAAGAAUUUCCUUUUUUCACAGUUUUAAAUUGUAAAAUGUUUAUUACUUUUAUUUUCCAACAUACUUCUGUUUUUAUUGUUUAUUCAGGGAUUUAGUUGGGAUGUGAAAACACGGGGAGGAUCUUUACUAAUCAGCUGUACGGCAAAUCAACAAAUAAACUGUUUCAUGAAGUUGUACAUGUGAAGUUGGAUUUUUUAAAUAUUAUUUUAAAUAAAAUCUUCU